AUGGGUUCAAUUUCUGAACAAUCCUCAGCUCUCGCUGUUUGGAGCGCCGUCCCACAGGCUCCGGAGGAUGCCAUUUUCAAGCUGACCUCUUCCUACAAAUCCGAUACCUACGAUAAGAAAGUCAACCUCGGUGUUGGCGCAUACCGUGACAACAACGGCAAGCCCUACGUUCUGCCCUCGGUAAAAAAGGCGCAGGCGGAUCUCAUCGCAGACGAGUCGGUCGACCACGAGUACCUCUCCAUCACCGGUCUGGCCGAAUUCACCAGUGCUGCUGCCAAGCUCAUCCUCGGCGACGAUUCGCCCGCGAUUGCAGAGAAGCGUGUUGCUUCGGUCCAGACCAUCUCCGGUACCGGUGCCAACCAUCUCGGUGCCGUCUUUCUGCAACGCUUCUACCAGUACCAGGCCUACGGUGUCGACCGUCAAAUCUACAUUUCAAAUCCAACUUGGGCCAAUCACAAGGCCAUCUUCAAUACGGUCGGCAUCAAGCCCAUCGACUACCCUUAUUACGACGCCAAGACGAUUGCGCUCGACUUUGACGGUUUCACCAACACGUUGAGACAGGCCAAAAACCAGAGCGUGUUCUUGCUACAUGCCUGCGCUCACAACCCUACCGGUGUUGAUCCUACCCAGGAGCAGUGGAAGCAGAUCGCCGAUAUCUUUGUCGAGAAGGGUCACUUUGCCUUUUUCGACUGCGCUUACCAGGGUUUCGCCUCGGGUGACCUGGACAGGGAUGCCUGGGCGGUACGACACUUUGUUUCGCGCAAGAGCAUUCCUCUGCUCAUUUGCCAGAGCUUCGCCAAGAACGCCGGCUUGUACGGCGAACGUGUCGGCGCGCUCCACGUUGUGUCCGCCACUCCGGCACAGAGCGCUGCCGUCUUCUCGCAGCUCGCCGCGAUUCAACGAUCCGAGAUCUCUAACCCUCCCGCUUUCGGCGCGCGUGUGGUCAAGAUGAUCCUUACCGAUCCUGCGCUCUUCCAACAGUGGCAGGCCGAUGUCAAGGAGAUGGCAGGUCGCAUCAUCACCAUGCGUCAGAGCUUGUUUGAUUUGCUGACCAAGAAGUUCCAAACACCGGGUAACUGGGACCACAUCUUGAAACAAAUCGGCAUGUUUACCUUUUUGGGUCUCGACACCAACCAGUGUAACCGUCUGUUGGAGGAAGGUCACAUCUAUUUGACCGCCAAUUCGCGUAUUUCCAUGGCUGGAUUGACGACGAACAACGUCGAAUACGUUGCUUCCUGGAUCGACAAGGUGGUCCGAGAGAAGAAGUGA